UUGAUACUUAAUUCACAUAAAUUUUAUUUUUUGGUUUUAUAUAAGAGAAUCUAAGAAAGGAAAUCUCUCUUUUAUUUUAUUUACAAAAAAUAUAUACUGUAUACUUGUACCUAGUUUUAAUUAGUAGCCGAAUAUUAGCAUAUGCUACUUAGUUCAUACAGAAAAAAUGCUCAAAAACAAUGAAAAAAAUCUUAACUUUAAUGGGGUUUUUGAAGAAUUUAAUCCAGGUGCACCACCUCCAUUCAAUAUAGCUGAUAUUAGAAAUGCAAUUCCUAAGCAUUGUUGGGUUAAAGAUCCUUGGAAAUCUAUGAGUUAUGUUGUUAGAGAUGUUGUGGUAGUUUUUGCAUUGGCUGCUGUUGCUGCUUACUUCAAUAAUUGGUUUCUUUGGCCUCUUUAUUGGAUUGCUCAGGGUACUAUGUUUUGGGCUCUCUUUGUUCUUGGUCAUGAUUGUGGACAUGGAAGUUUUUCUGACAAUCCAAAGCUUAACAACAUUGUGGGCCACUUUCUUCACUCUUCAAUCCUUGUUCCAUAUCAUGGAUGGAGAAUUAGUCAUAGAACUCAUCAUCAAAACCAUGGGCAUGUUGAGAAUGAUGAAUCAUGGCACCCAUUGACUGAAACGAUAUACAAUAGUUUGGAUUUUAUGACAAAGAAGUUAAGAUUCACUUUUCCAUUUCCCUUGCUAGCAUACCCUGUAUACCUGUGGACGCGAACUCCUGGUAAAUCAGGCUCACAUUACCAUCCGGACAGUGAUCUGUUCACAUCGAAAGAGAAAAAUGAUGUUGUAACUUCCACACUAUGUUGGUCAGCAAUGGUUGUAUUGCUUGUAGAAAUGUCUUUUUUCAUGGGUCCUAUUCAGGUGCUCAAGCUCUAUGGUGUUCCCUAUAUGAUUUUUGUCAUGUGGUUGGACUUGGUGACUUAUUUGCAUCAUCAUGGCCAUGAGGAAAAACUUCCUUGGUACCGCGGUGAGGAGUGGAGUUACCUUAGAGGAGGGCUUACAACACUUGACCGUGAUUAUGGAUUGUUAAACAACAUCCACCAUGACAUUGGAACUCAUGUUAUUCAUCAUCUUUUCCCACAAAUUCCACACUAUCAUCUAAUAGAAGCAACAAAAGCAGCAAAGCCAGUACUUGGGAAGUACUACCGCGAACCAAAGAAAUCUGGACCUCUUCCACUAUACAUAUUCGGUAUUAUCUUAAACAGUCUUAAGAAAGAUCAUUAUGUUAGCGACACCGGAGAUGUUGUCUACUAUCAAACAGACUCAAAAAAUCUUUAGCAACAAACAACUGCAGGCCAAAGAUCAAUUCCUCGAGAUCAUCCUUCCUGUGAUGUCCGAGCUAUAAGCAUGUUUAAUGUUUUACUCUAGCUUAUUUGGUAAUUAGAACUGUACGAGAAUAUAUCUCACAUAAUUAGCAUGUACCCGUGUAUCACAUAGACUAGUAAUUGUUCCUUAUUAGCAAAUUUGUCUGUUGGUAGUUGCCUAAUUUAAUCGGCGAACAGAACCUUUCAUUCAAGUUUAUAUAAUUUAAUUCUGAUGCACUUGUAUUUGGGUAAUGCAGUAUCUAAUCAACCAACUAUGUGUGUUACUACAUAA